AUGAUGCUGUUACGCGAGACACGAGAUUGCUUUCGGGGUUAUUCUGUCUGGACAGCUGAUGGCAAGGUGCUAGUCAAAUUUACUGAUGGGAAAGUCACGCGGAUUCAAUCGAAGAAGGAUAUUGAUGAGUUGAUGAAAUGCACUCCGCAUAUGAACUAA